CCAAGAAAAUCUCUUCAGUUUGAAACACCUAAAAACAAAAAGUUACCAGAGAAUCCAGUAAGAAGCCCUAUGAUUCCAAUGACUGGUUCACUUCUCAACAAUGGAGAAAGCAGGAAGUUGAAUGGUUCCAGUCAGAAGAAGAGAGGAAGAGAAGAGCAUAAUGAGUCUGACAGUGACCUUGAAUAUGAUGAUGAUGACGACAUUGAUCUGUCAGUUCCAGCUUCGAAAAAAAGUCGAGUGGAUAUCAAUCAGUUAGAUGAUGAUGAGCUAUGGGAUGAUGAACUUUUACCAACUCCAAAGGUCAAGCCCAAAGGUCUACAUGACGGUAAGGUCACAAAGAAAGUGACAGAAGUUGUUGAAGAAGUGGAAGCCCCGCCCUCGCCAGACAGACGAGCUAUUGAGAGAAUAUUAGAACACAGGAACAAACAGAUUGUCAGGGAAUUGAGUAUUGAUAAUCAGUCGGGCAGGACUGUUACCAGAGCUGAAGAUUAUGACUUUGAAAGACAACGAGUGUUUAAAAGAAUACCUACCACAUCUUACCUACCAACAACAGGAACAGAGGGUAACCGUGUAUAUAUGGAGCUCAAAGAUGAUCUAGACUAUGAUAAACAGUUUGAUAGUUUUGGGAAGAAGCUUGAUGGUUCUAGUUUGUUAAAUGUUCCAAUAUCUGUAUUAAGGGAACAACUGGAAGAAGAGAGAAGAAAUAUGCUGAUAGCAGAAUCACAGAGAUUAAGUGAGGAUGUCAGAAGGCAGUUAGACGAGGAUCAGGGAUUUAUGGAUGAUGAUGAAGAGGAGGAUAAAGAAAAUCAUGCUCCUUCAUUAUCUAUACCAGAGGGCCCACAAAAAUUGUUAUGGGUAGAGAAAUACACGCCACAGAGAUAUACAGAUUUAUUAAGUGAAGAGAACAUAAAUCGUACUUUACUACACUGGCUAAAGAUGUGGGACUAUGUUGUAUUUGAUAAAGACCUACCUAUUAAACCAAAGGAAAAGAAAAAAGAGGAGAACAAGUACAAGAAGAAAAAUCAGCCAGAGGUUCUUGAUGAAUUGGAUAAAUUUAAAAGACCCCUGCAAAAGGUGGCCUUGUUAUGUGGUCCACCAGGGUUAGGAAAGACAACUCUUGCUCAUAUUAUAGCUAGACAUGCUGGCUACAAUGUUGUGGAAAUGAAUGCUAGUGAUGAUAGAGCAGCUGAGGUGUUUAAAAAUAAGAUAGAGGCAGCUACCCAGAUGAAAGCAGUGCUAGGGGCUGAUCCAAGACCUAAUUGUCUCGUUAUUGAUGAAAUUGAUGGUGCUCCUCAGGCUGCCAUUAAUGUACUACUAAAUGUGAUAAAGAAAUCAGACACGCCAGAAGGGAAAAAGAAGAAAAAACGAGGGGGGGAACUUACGCGGAAAAUCAUUUUAUUGAAAGACCAAUAUGUACCAGCGUUAAGACAAUUACGACAGAUUGCUAUGAUCCUUAGCUUCCCUCAAACUGAAUCAACCAAGCUGGCUGGAAGGUUGUAUGAGGUUGUACGGAUAGAGAAACUAAGAUCUGAUAUGAACACAUUGUUAGCUUUAUGUGAGAAAACUGACAAUGAUAUACGUUCCUGUCUAAAUACUCUACAGUUUAUACAUGGUCAGUGUAAAGAGUUGAACAUAAAGAAUGUACAAUCUAUGGCUGUAGGACAGAAAGAUUCACAUAAAAGUUUAUUCUCUGUUUGGUAUGAUGUACUGACAUUACCCAGACCUAAAAGACAGAAGUUUGUAAAUAUUCAGGAUGCUAAUGUAAAAGAUCUUGUCCUCAACACUUCACCUUCAGCAAGGUUUAAUAAUGUAUUAUCUGAGGUACAGGGUACUGGAGAAUAUGAUAAACUCACACAGGGAUUGUUUGAAAAUUAUCUAGACUGUAAAUUUAAAGAUCCUUACAUGGAUGGUGUAUCCAUGGCAACAGAUUGGCUGUGUUAUAAUGACCAUAUUACCCAAUAUAUACAACAUUUACAGGACUAUAGACUGAUGCCAUAUCUACCAUAUUUACCUGUUGUGUUCCAUUUUCUGUUUGCUUCAAAUACAGUGCCUAAAAUACAAUACCCACACUCUAUGGUAGAUUGUAACCUGAAGAAAACCAAGUGUGAGAACCUAGUAUCGUGUAUGAUGACAGAUAUCUCUCCCAGUGUUAGAAAAUUCAUCAAUGUCUCAAUCAUAGUCAGUGAGAUACUUCCAUCAUUAAUGGAGAUAUUACAACCCACAUUCAGACCAGUCAACACCCAGUUGUACAGUUCUAAAGAGAAGGAAGAUUUACAUCAGCUUGUGAAAACAAUGAUAUCUUACAACCUGACAUAUCAUCAGGAAAAAUCAUUUGAAGGACAAUAUACUUAUGUGUUAGAACCUCAUGUGGAUGAAGUGGUAAAGUUUCCUGGGUUGAAGCAAACUAGGCAGUUGUCAUAUGCAUCCAAACAGUUGGUGGCUAGAGAGAUUGAGUUAGAAAAAAUGAGGAGAAGUGAACAAGCUAGGGCUCCAUUAAAUGUUCAAAAACUAGAAGUUAUGACAUCUGGAAAAGAUAGGGGAGAAGAAGGUGAACCAAAAACACCAGCAAUACCAAAUCAUCUACAGAGACUAACAGCUAAACCUUUAGGCAAACAAGAGGAAACUCAAGUGAAAGACUUCUUUGGUCGUAUUAUGAAGAAAACUACACCAGAAUCUAAAUCAAAUAAAUCAGGAGAUGAAAAGAUAAAGACCAAUGUGCUGGCCACAGAUAUAUGGUUUCAUUUCCAGCAAGGAUAUUCCAAUGCUGUCCGCAGAAAUGUGAAAGUUAAAGAAUUCUUUUGAACUCUUUAUGAUAUAUAUUAUGUUUAAAAUCAUACCAUGUUGACAUGCUACAGAGAUUUCAAUCACUGUUAACUUUGCUUGGAAGAAUAACGAGUGUGUAUGAUAUUAUAUGUACAAUAAAGCAUACAUAUUUUUAUCAGAUACAAUGUACCCGUAAUAAUAAUAUAGUCUUGUAUACAAUAUACUUCCCUGACUUAAAUGUCAAUUAUUCAUAAAUGUGACAGAGCUUGUCUUGCAAAAAAUUGUGCUGUCAUUUUUCAAUGCGCAAAAUCUAUUAAGUAUGUAUUGUUUUAGAGAGAAAUAAUGAUGUUUGUUACGUGAUUCUCAUGCAACUGACAGCUGCAUAUGUAAAAAUAAAUAUACAUGUACCGUAGUUAAAACUUCAGGUAUAUAUUAUUUCAGAGAAAGAUGACAUUUUGAUAAAAUUGUUUACUAAGUUACGCAAUGUGUUAUGUGAAGUAGAAAUCUGAAAAUUAUUAUAGUAAUUCAAAUUUGUAAUAUUUGUGUUUAUAGUAAAGACUAUAAUAAUUGGUAAUUUGUAAUUACUAUAUUUAUUCUUUUGUUUGUUAGAGAUCGGUGUAAUAAAUUAUACUUUCACAGAA